CGUAUUGCCUAGGCCUCUCCAUUGGUCUCACUCUAAUAUGUUGCUCUUUCUCCUUCAAUUCAACUGGGUCCAGCAUUUGAUUCCAUGGACACAUCAAUAUCUUCGCAAUCCCUCUCUUUCUUUGAUUUUCUCGAUCGUAUGCGAAACCCCGCUUCCGUCAAUCUUGUCCGAUCCAUCAAAAGUUUUAUUGUGUCAUUUUCAUUUUACCCACCCAACCCUGAAAAUGAUGGGAAAAGAGUGCAAGAGUUUUACUUGAUAAUGGAAGCUGCAAUUAGAGAACAUCCAUUAUGGACGGGUGCCACUGAGGAAGAGAUUGAUUGUGCAAUGGAGGCUUUAGAGAAAUAUGUAAUGACUAAGCUGUUUUCAAGAACAUUUGCCGUUUCUCCUGAGGAUGCUAAGAUUGACCAUGAAAUCUCAGAGAAAAUAUGCUUGGUCCGAACUUUUCUGAAGCCUGAACAUUUGGACAUACCGGCAAUUCUUCGUAAGGAAGCUUCAUGGCUGCUUGCAGAGAAAGAAUUGCAGAAAAUCAACACUUUCAAAGCUCCUCGUGAAAAGCUGUCGAGUAUAAUGAAUUGUUGUAGGGUCAUCAACAAUCUUCUGCUCAAUGCAGCAAUGACUGAAAAUCAUGUGCCAGCUGGGGCAGAUGAAUUUCUCCCUGUGCUUAUAUACGUUACAAUCAAGGCAAAUCCUCCUCAAUUGCAAUCAAACCUUAGAUUCAUCCAAUUGUAUCGAAGGCAAGCAAAGCUCAUGUCAGAGCCUGAAUAUUAUUUCACAAAUCUCGUGUCAGCCAAGUCAUUUAUAGUUGAUUUAAAUGCUACAUCGCUUUCAAUGGAUGAAAUCAAAUUUGAGGAGAGCAUGCAAGCUGCAAAAUUGAUUACAAAAGUCACUAGCGGAACCUCUCAAGAUACACAAGCAAACCAGACGAACCAACAUGAGGAGACCGAGUGCAGUCCUUCAAAGAAAAUCCAUGGCAGCUCUAUAACAGCUAUGCCACUACACGGAUCGGAAUAUCCUUAUUUGGAGGCAAAGAGCGAAGAGAUGACAUUGAAAGAUGUGGACAGAUUACUAAUUCUCUACAAGGAUGUCGUUGCCAAGUACACAACUCUCUGCAGAGCUAUCAGCAACCUUUCAACAUCAGAGAAAGAACCAAUCCUCCGUCAUCUUGAAUCACAAGGAACUGGUAGCAUGCUUGCACCAAAGCCAAUUAUUGAGGAUAAAGAAACCACCAAAGAAAUAUCACAGGCAAAGGAUGAGAAUUAGUAGAGAUCAUUGUAUUUGUAUUUAAAACAUCACAAGGCUGCUGAUGGAUUACAUAAUGUUAACUUAAGCAUAUACUUCCAAUUUUUUUUUUUUUAA